UUCAAAAUGGCGGCGCCGGGAUACAGAUUUCAAGGAUUUCAAGCACAUCAUGUUUGAUCGGUGACUUUUCCUCUCCAAUUCAUCGCAGACCGAAGAACAUUCGCGAUAUGAAGAAACCGGACAAGCCCCACGACCACCAGAAACUUUAUAAACUGUCCCACCAGGUGUUAUGCGUCACCAGCGUCAACUUCCAGCGUCAGUCCCUCAUCGGAUUUGCGGAGUUGACACUGAUCCCGACGAAGACGGACGUUCGGUGGAUACGGAUCAACUGCAAGCAGUGCCGAGUGUACAGGGUCCGCAUCAACGACCAGGUAGAGUGUACCUUCCAGUACAAUGACCCCACCUUGGAAAUAUGCCACAACGAGGGAAAGCAGCGCAACGUGGACACCUUCUCGGCUGCUCACGUGUCCGCAGUGGCGUCGGUUGACCCUGGCGUUGGAAACGGAGAGAUUUCCGUCAAGGUUCCCUCGGAGGCCUUCCACCUUAUCCAAGAAGGAAAAGCUCUCCGGGUCAGCGUGGAGUUCUCCCUGGAGAGGCCGCAGGGUGGUAUCCACUUUGUGGUCCCCGACUGCGAGGGGUCCUUGGCUGAGCGAGGAGCCCACCUGUUUACGUACGGACACGAGAAUUCCUCUAGGUUGUGGUUCCCGUGCAUCGACUCAUAUGCAGACCCUUGCACCUGGAAGAUGGAGUUCACUGUGGAUUCCAACAUGAUAGCGGUGUCGUGCGGCGACCUGGUGGAGACCGUGUACACUUCGGACAUGAGGAAGAAGACUUUUCACUACCUUCUUUCGACACCCACCUCUGCUCCUAAGAUCGCCCUGGCUGUCGGGCCAUUCGAGGUCUUUGUGGACCCGCAGAUGCACGAGGUGACCCAUUUCUGCCUCCCACACCUUCUACCACUGCUCAAGCAGUGCACCAACUUCCUGCACGAAGCUUUCGAGUUCUACGAAGAGCUCCUGUCGAGCCGCUACCCGUACUCAUGCUACAAGCAGGUGUUCGUGGCCGAAGCCUAUGUGGACGCCGACCCCUACGCCACCCUCACCAUCCUCAGUGUCAACUUGCUCCAUUCCAAGCACAUCAUCGAUGAAGCGUACACGUCAAGGAAGAUCAUGGCCAAGGCGGUGGCAGAGCAGUUUUUUGGCUGCUUCAUCGCAAUGCACACGUGGGCCGACUCGUGGUUGCCCAAGGGCAUUUCUGCCUACCUGGGAGGCCAGUACAACAAGAAGGCCUUUGGGAACAACGAGUACCGCUUCUGGGUUCACAGGGAGCUGAAGGAGGUGACGGCCUACGAGCAGGAGGCCGGCGGGGUGGUGCUGGACCCAAGCUUGCGGGACUGCCCCCAGUUCCACUUCCCGGUGACCAACCUGCACACCACGUCGCCCCGCUACGCCGACGUGCUCUGCGCCAAGGCCCACCUCGUCAUACGCAUGCUCGAGGACCGCAUCGGGAGGGAGCUGCUCCUGCAGGUUUUCAACAAGCUGCUGUCUCUGGCAAGUUCAGCAGCGCAGCAGAAGGUGACUUCAAACAUGUGGCACAACAUGCUCCUCUCAACGAACAGCUUUCAGAAAGCCAUCUUCAUAGUCACAGGCAAAGACAUCAAGACCUUUCUGGAGCAGUGGGUACGCCAGGGCGGCCAUGCCAAGUUCCACGGAACGUUUGUCUUUAAUCGCAAGCGCAACACGGUCGAGCUCGAGAUCAAGCAGACGGACACCCAUUCUCUCGGCAUCAAGAAAUAUGUUGGUCCCCUCACAGUCACCAUCCAAGAGCUGGACGGAACAUUCAAGCACAACCUUCAGAUCGAGGAGAACGCCACCAAGCACGACAUCACCUGCCACUCAAAGAGCAGACGAAACAAGAAGAAGAAAAUACCGUUGUGUACCGGCGAAGAGGUGGACAUGGACCUGACUGCAAUGGAUGCCGACUCGCCGGUGCUCUGGAUCCGCAUUGACCCCGACAUGCUGGUGCUGCGCCAGGUGGUGUUUGAGCAGCCCGACUACCAGUGGCAGUACCAGCUGCGGUACGAGCGGGACGUCACCUCUCAGAUCGAGGCAAUCGAAGCCCUAGAGAAAUUCCCGACACCUCAAACACGCCUGUCUCUAACGGACACCAUCGAGAACGAACACUGUUUCUACCGGGUGCGGUGUGCGGCUGCGUUCUGCUUACGCAAGGUGGCAAACCACAUGGUGUCGACGUGGGCGGGACCGCCGGCCAUGAUGACCAUCUUCAAGAAGAUGUUUGGCUCCCAUUCCUGCCCCAACAUCAUCCGGCAGAACAACUUCUCCAACUUCCAGCACUACUUCCUGCAAAAAGCCAUCCCUGUUGCCAUGGCGGGGCUGAGAACAAUCCAUGGCAUCUGUCCGCCAGAGGUCAUGAAGUUCCUCUUUGACCUCUUCAAGUACAAUGAGAACAGCAAGAACAAGUUUUCAGACAACUACUACAGGACGGCCCUGAUCGAAGCCCUCGGGGAAACGGUGACCCCCGUUGUGUCUGUGUUAGCGCAUAACGGGCAGCCAAUCACUGCAGAGUCCCUCUCGGCAGACACCAAGCUCAUCCUGGAGGAGAUCACGCGCUGCCUCAACCUGGAGAAGUUGCUGCCCUGCUAUAAGUUCACCAUCACCGUCGGAUGCUUGAAGGCGAUCCGCAAGCUCCAGAAGAUGGGCCACCUGCCCAACAUCUCCGCCCUGUUCCGAGAGUACGCCCAGUACGGACUCUUCCUGGACGUGCGCCUGGCCGCCCUCGAGGCGCUUGUGGACUACACAACGGUGGACGGAAAUGCGGAUGACCUCAGCUUCCUGCUGGACAUUGUGGAAAACGACCCGGUCCCUCGAGUCAGGUUGGCCCUGCUGCGGAUGUUGACCCAGAAUCCGCCGUUCAGCCGCCGGGACGACAGUCCGUUCAACACGGAGGAGCUUGCGGAGCGACUCUGGAAGCUGAUGAACUCGGGGCUUUCGCACGACUCUCGUCUGAGGUGUGCCGUGGUGGACCUGUUCUUCGUGCUCUAUGGACGAAGCCGGCCAUCCUGUCUGCCGGCUCCCGACCCAAGCCGUUCCUCGCUGUCGAUGGUGCUGUGCCUGAAGGACCGGAAAGCCAAGUUUCAGGUGCCCACCAUCGUUCCCAAGGAGGACUUCUUCACAGCGAAGUUGGAGCCGCCGCCGGGCAUCGUCUCCGGCGUGGAGCUGUUGGCCGAGGCAGCACUGACGGCGACAGAGCGGCUGGAGCCACAGGUGGCACCGUUUCAGGAUGAGGAGCUCGUCAAGGAGGAAGAGAAUCAGCUUCCGAGCCUUCCCGCCGAACCGGAGCAGGAGCAGGAACUGGAACUCAAACAGGAGCCGUUCGAUUCGGGUAGCGGCGGCGGCAUGGCCCCCGAGCCCGAGGCCCCGACGGUGGUGGUGGACGACGAGCCGGAGGCCGACGUCAAGUACUUCGACGCGCCAAUGUCCGAGGAGCCUCCUCAAGUGGAGUUACCGCAGCUGGGUGGCAGCGGUAGCAGUCUGGUGCCACCGCCGCCUCUGCAGAGGGAGAUGUCGCACAGCAGCGCGGACUCGGCGCCGGUGGCAGCAAUGCCUCCGGCGCCGCCGCCACAGCCGACCGACAUCAACUACACAGACGACUCUCAGUCCAAGUCGCUCCCCGGGCUCACAGGCAUGUCGGUCCAGCACCAGCCGACGGGCUUUGACUCGAGCAUGUUCAGGACGGGGCCCCACUUGCUGGAGCCGGCCCCGGGCCCGAGCACGGUUCGGGUGCUGACCCCGUCGGUGACGCCGUCCACCUCGGUCGGCGGCUCGCUGACGGAAGCGGACGACCUCAGCGCGGGCUCCAGGGUGCACAAGGACAAGAAGAAGAAGAAGAAAAAGGACAAGAAGCACAAGCACAAGCACAAGCACCGGCACGACCGUCUGCUCGAGAAGGAGCGCUUCUACAGCUCGGGGGGGAGCACCAACCAGUCACCAGCGCCGUUCGGCGGAGGCGGCGGCGGAGGGUUGGGGGGCAACGGCAGCCCCCAGCACGAGAUCAUCUGAAUCUAGGAAAAACUGUUUACGUUAAUGUCCACCGUACACUGUGCGAAACAUUUAGUGCAGAUGGGACAUCGGCGCCUUUUGAGGCAUUGCUCGCAAAUGGCGACAACGAAAUAUACGUUUUGCCCCCCGUGC